CAGCCCGCAAGCCCUGCCGCCACCACGCCUUGGACAAAGCAAUCGUUAUCGACGCUAUCUGCUCCAAUCAUAUCUCCACCGCCACAGCACAGCUGUCGGGGCGUCGUCGUCGACGACAUGGCGUCGUCACCGCUAAACUUGUGCAUCCCGCUGCCGUGGCUCUCCCUCAUGAUGCCAGACUACGACCCUGACAACCUGUCAAAAAUUGAAGCGCUUGUAUUAUGUGGCCAAUGCAAGAUUCCUUAUGAUGAUGCAACGCACUUGCCAAAAGAUUUGACUUGCAAACAUACUUUCUGCCUGGAAUGCAUUUUAUCAGGCCUAGGGAAAGCAACGAAAGGCUCGUCUGUGAGAUUGGGAGAAAUUUUCUGUGAUCUAUGCUGGAAGCUGACAGAACUCACAGAAAAGGGUCCACAAGCACUUGAAACAAAUGAGCCAAAAUUGGCUUUGGUAAAGCUGUACAUGCAAUUAAAAGAAGGUUCGUCAUUGACUAAUGGUGACAUCCCUAAUGGAAGGUCUUCAAUUCAUGAGCCCAGCCCUUAUGAAUCAUGCGCUCGUCACCAAGGCUAUCCGCUACAGCUAUGGUGCAUUGAUUGUGAAACAUCUCUAUGUGCAGAGUGUCAAACUACCAUGCAUUCCGAUCCUAUGUUACACAGGAUUUGGACUCUAGAACAAGCGAAGGAACGCAUAGUGAAGGAGGCCUUUAAUGAGAUCACUGUAAUGGGAUCUAUGGAUGAUAAUAUUCGUCAGUUGGCAAAGCGUCAGCGCCAGUUUUUGAUAUUGAUUCGAGAUGCUUGCACUGCCUUGACAACUGAAGUGCAGACUUUCCUAGAUAGUGAAUGGAAUGUUGAUCCGUCAGCUGAGAUCAGGAAUGCAUUACCACCCAUACAGCAGGCACUGAUGGAGUCUAAAUGUCCCUCUGAAGUUCGUGAAUUACUUAAGGUUAUUCUUCUAAAAAAGCAGAGCUUGGAGGUUAAGUGCCAAGAGAACAUAAUUCAAUGCCAGUUAAAUGACCUUAUUGGUCAUUCUGAUCGAAUUUUCGAUUUUGAAUCCCUCCGCCAGACAGUUGCAAGUAUCCUCUCAAACGAAAAAGAGAUUAAGCCAAUGUCAUUGCAGCAGCCCCACCCAGAUCCUAUUCUUCUCUUGACGAAUUACUGCAUGUCCCAGUUAUUUUCUCGAGUUCAUCAAACCCAGAGAACUUCUGCUGACAGUGCUCUUCUGAAUCAUAACAUGCAGAGACAACUCGUUAUUACCCCACCCGAAAUUCCGGUUGAACCUACUCCACCCUCUAUUCUAACUCCCCCCCAGAUCCAACCUGAUAUUGAAUCUUCAGAACCGUUCAACAAUUCAAACAUCCAUCAGGUUGAGUAUUCUCAUCCUCUUCAGCCAACUGUUUCAGUGCCUUUUGAUAGUGAAGUAGAUAGCCAAGUUUCCCGCCCAACUACUCCAACUGAUGACAAUGCAUCUACCCCUUCUUCCUUAAGUAACUUUUCCCCUCCACCAGCAACUACUGCACAGAUUGUGCAAAUGCAGUCAACUAACGCUCAUGAGAGAGAAGAAAUGCUAGCGCCAAUAAUCCAUCCUCCAGUCCGACCGGUUCCUAACAGGUCUCCUGUCAACGUAUCUCCUCGAUAUUUCUUCCACAUUAGUAUUAAUGGAGUUCACAAGGGGCAAAUCAUUAUCGAAACUCGUCCAGAUGUUGCCCCUAAGAUGUGCAGGAAUUUUGAUCGUCUAACAACUGCGGACAGAAAAGCUUCCUACAAGAAUUGUUCAUUUUUCCAGUGCUGGAAAGAGGAAUCGGUUAUCACUGGCGACUACGAGUUCAACACAGGACGGGGCGGAAAAUCGGUGUACGAAGAAGGAUACUUCUUUCCAGAUGACACGCGACUACAGGCUGUACGCGGUGCUGUAGGUAUGCGGAGGCAACAGAAAAAGAAUGAUUACUCCGGAUCUGUUGGGUCUCAAUUUCGAAUCAUUUUGCAAGACACUACUUUCACCGGCAUUUUUGGUCAUGUCGUUGAAGGUAUUGAAAUUGUGGACAUGAUAGCUAGUUUUGGAGACACGACAGGUAAACCUUGCAAACUAAUUACGAUUACGCGAUGUGGAAAGUGUACAUGAUACUAGGACUGCUAGUCUUUCUCAGAUAAAAGCGAAAAAAAAUCUGCUGAAAGCAAAACUUUUCCAAAGAUAAAUCAUAAUUCCCUAUCAUUAGCGCUAUCUUUGAGAGGGGAUAUUCUAAUACGUUCAUGAUUUUGCUUACCCACGAAAAGCUUAAGGGGAGAUUAUUUAUCUCAUCGAAUUUCUUCCAAGUACUUUUGAAAGACUGAGGGAAGAUGUGAAAACUGUAAUAAAAUCAUGCUGGGCACUGUUUUUAAGACUGUGAAACUGUGGCUAUAUUACCGUUCAAUAGUUUAAACUAGGCCUUAAUACUUCAUUCAAUGUGUACUUAAGGUUUCUGCACAAUGUACCUCUCUAUUACAGGGGUUUCUUUCCAAUCUUUUGUGAUAUUUUAAGUAAUGAUUAAGCAUCAAUUUCCUUUCAUAAUAGAAGUGUGAAUGACAGAAGGAUUUGAUUUUAUAUGUAACAUUCCUUGAAGCAACAUUUGCUCAUGCAUCAUAGUGAUAAAUAUAUUUUUUUUUAGCCCAGUGAAAUUGCGGAGAAGAAUGAGGUUAGAUGUGAACAAUUUGCUACUGUUUUUGAAAAGUUGUCUACAUUCCCAUCAAUAAUUACAAUUAUAAAAUAAAUGAAAUGAGCAUAACAACGAUUUUCAAGCUCUUCAAUCUUCCUAGCAACUUGUAAUGGAGAAUUUGUUUCAAUCACUUCAUAAGAAAUUAAUUUGUUUAAGGGCAAAUGCUAAUUUUAUAUACGACCACUAUUCAAUUAUACAAAGACAACUUUUUUACUAUUUUACAUUUUAAGCGACACGUAAUACAAAGUAUUUCAUUUUAGGCUUCCUUUCUGUGUUGUGGAAAAGAGAAAGCAUCUUGGUCUAGGAAAAGUAUGUGAUUAGAAGUUCCAUAAUUAAUGUAAUUUUUUCCUUCCUUUGUACCUUAGUGUUAAGGGCCUCUAAGACAUUAUGUAUUUUGUAUUAUUGAAUUUUGACCUCAUUAUACCAGCAUUAUUUUCUUGAGUUAUGACUAAACCAGCAUUCAUGUUGCAACCCUACUAAACUAUAAAUUUGAUCUCGUUGCCAUAGAAAUUAUGUUAUUAUUAUUUGUGAGUUUCAUGUUGUUCAUCAAGAUUCAGACCAAUGUUGUCCAGAAAUCAAAGGUAUUUUGUACUUUAGGCUGACAAAAAUGCAGACCAUGGUCAGAAUAAAACAAGCCCCAUGAAA